AUGUCCAUGGGCCAGCUUGACGGCUGCGCGCUGGAGUUCGCCGCCCCAGAGCUCAAGGCGGACCGCGCCGUGGUGCUGGCGGCCGUGCGCGAGGACUGGCGCGCGCUGGGCUUCGCCGCGCCAGGGCUGAAGGCGGACCGAGAGACCGUGCUGGCCGCCGUGGCGCGGAGCGGCGACGCGCUGCUGUACGCCGCGCCGGGGCUGCAGGCGGACCGCCAGGUGGUGCUGGCGGCCAUCAAGCAGGACUGGCGCGCCCUGGGCCACGCCGCGCAGCAGCUGCGGGCCGACCGCGCGCUCGUGCUGGACGCGGUUCAGUGGCGCGGCGUGGCGUUGGAGUACGCGGCGGAGCAGCUGAAGGCGGACCGGCAGGUGGCCCUCGCCGCGGUGGCGCAGGACUGGCGGGCGUUCGAGAGCGUGGCCGCCAGCCUCAAGGGUGACCGCGAGAUCGCCCUCACGGCCGUCAGGCAGCACGGCGCGGCACUGGACCACGCCGCCGAGGCGCUGAGGGCCGACAGGGACGUCGUCAACGCCGCGGUGGAGAGGCACUGCCACGCUCUGCAGCACGCGGCCCCCGAGCUGCGCGGCGACAGGGAGUUCAUCCUGCCCAUCGUCAGACGGAGCCGGCUUCGGGCUGCAGCACGCCUCCCGCGAGCUCAGGGCAGACCGCGAGGUCGUCCUGUCCGCCAUCGAGCAGUGCGCCACGGCGCUGGAGUUUGCGGCGCCCUCCUUGAGGGAGGACCACCAGUUCCUCGUCUCCGCGGUGGAGCGCAACCCUGAAGCCAUGUCCUUUGUGGAGAAGGAGCAGCGGGAGUUCCUGACCGAGCUGCUUCGCGAACGUGCCCUGGGCUCGCAGAGCCAGGGCUGGGCGUGGGUCUCCGCGGACGCGGCCCUGGACGGCGGCCGCCGGAAGGCCGCCGCGGCGUCCGCGGAGGCGCCCCGAGGCGCCGCCGCUCUCGGCAGGCUCGCCCCGGCUCUCGGCUG